AUGGUUCUGCCGCCAUCUCCCCGUCCAUUUCAAUCAGCGGUUCAGCGUCGUUGCUCCAUUCGCGGUGCUGCUGUUGCUUCUGUGAAAUCUAAUACUGAUGCUAUGGGAUUUUACAUGAAUGAACUGAUCAUGCUCUGGUACGAAUGCUCGCUAGAAUGUGGAUUAGACACCAUUUCAGCUGGCCAAUCUCUGUUUCCGAACCAGACCAUAAUCUCCAAAGAGGGCAAGUUUGAGUUGGGCUUCUUUGAUCCUGCAGGUAACUCUACCAACUACUAUAUUGGGAUAUGGUACAAAAACAUACCUCUUCGAACAGUUGUUUGGGUCUUAAAUAGAGAUCUUCCUAUCCCACACUCCCUUUAUAACAACUCACAACUAGAAAUAGCCAAUGGUACUCUACUCCUUCGAAGUGGUCUCAACAUAUUUUUAUCAUUCAACCAAAAUUAUAAUGCCACUGAGGCAGUAAUUCUUGACACCGGCAAUUUCGUCUUAAGAAACGCCUCCGGCAUUUUGUGGCAGAGCUUUGAGCACCCGACGGAUACAUUGCUGCCGGGUGCAAAGCUCGGAUACCGUUGGUUUAGUGAUGUAAAUGUAAAACUUGUUUCUUGGAGGAAUCCAAACGACCCUGCUUCCGGAAGUUAUUCAUUCGGCAUGGGGCCUAAUGGAGGCAGUGAUCUUUCCAUUAGAAAAGGCACAGAAAAGUUGUGGAGCAGCGGGCCUUGGCAACGAGGGACUUUCCCGUUGCUCGACUUGAGAGAUCCCAACAAUUUUACGUACCUUGCACGCGAUGGCGAUGUAUACGUGACAUAUAAUAAUGAGUCUGUGCUAUCUAGGAUUGUGAUGGACUAUUUUGGUAUAAUGAUGCUGUUCCAGUGGUCGGAGGCAAGGCAGGCGUGGGAUCUGCUAAUCACGCAGCCUUAUCCCUGUCGAGCAUAUGCCAUGUGCGGGCUUAACGCAAUGUGUGCUACCAAUCAUGCACCAGCGUGUAGGUGUUUGGACGGGUUCAAACCACGAGUUGAGGGAGAGUGGGAUUCAUCCAAUUUUUCUAGUGGAUGUGUUAGAAGAAGACCGCUGCAUUGUACUGACAAAGUAGGAUAUAUCAAGGUAGCCACCAAUAGAUUUCCUUAA